CUACACUCUUCAACACACUUACUCUCUAUUCAUUAGGCAUGGCUUCUUUACUCACUCACUCUCUAUUCUUCAUCUUCACUCUCAUCACAACCUCGAUCCACUCCAUCAAUGGAGCUUUCGCUAAGCAAUACUUAACCGAAGCCAAACAAAUGAAAAGAACCGAAAAGAUGAGCCACCUUCACUUCUACUUUCAUGACAUCCUCAGUGGAAAGAAACCGAGUGCUGUUAAAAUCAUUGAAUCGCCAUUAAAAGCUAAGGGCCUCACCGGCUUUGGAGUUACUUUUAUGGUCGAUGAUGCAUUGACUGAGAAAGCAGAACCAACCUCAAAAAUCGUCGGUAGAGCACAAGGGAUUUAUUCUCUUGCCUCACAGUCAAAGACUGAUGUAGCACUACUAAUGGUCAUGAAUUUUGUAUUCAUUGAAGGAAAAUACAAUGGAAGUACUAUUAGUAUUCUUGGGAGGAAUCCGGUCCUUGAAAAUGUUAGAGAAAUGCCACUAGUUGGAGGAACCGGCUUGUUUAGGUUCGCCCGUGGUUAUGCCCUAGUUAACACGAUUCAUUUUGACGUCAAAACUGGAGACGCCAUUGUUGAGUACAACGUCUAUGUCUUACACUAUUAAGCUUUUUUUCUCAUUCUGUUUUAAGAGAUGUUUUUUCUUCUGUUCUUGUUUUUGUUUUCGGUUUAUUUAAUCAUAGCAAGCAAGAAGAAAGAAACAUCACCCACCAUUGAAAUCUCAUCAUUGCCAAGGUGUUAAAGCUUCCACUAAUGGCAGUUUAUGUUGUUUUGACUAAAAAGUAAUAACAUAUCUUCUUCCA